GGGUGCUGCGGUCAUCUAACCGGUGUGUGCCACCCGCCAUGCCGUCCCGGGUGGAAGACUACGAGGUGCUGCACAGCAUCGGCACCGGCUCGUACGGCCGCUGCCAGAAGAUUCGGAGGAAGAGCGACGGUAAGAUACUGGUGUGGAAAGAACUUGACUAUGGCUCCAUGACGGAAGUGGAAAAGCAGAUGCUUGUGUCUGAAGUGAACUUGCUUCGGGAGCUGAAACACCCAAACAUUGUCCGCUACUAUGAUCGUAUUAUCGACAGAACCAACACAACCCUGUACAUCGUGAUGGAGUACUGUGAAGGCGGGGACCUGGCCAGUGUCAUUACAAAGGGGACCAAGGACAGACAAUACUUAGAGGAAGAAUUUGUGCUGCGGGUGAUGACUCAGUUGGCCCUGGCCCUGAAAGAGUGCCACAGAAGGAGUGACGGUGGCCACACUGUCCUUCAUCGGGAUCUGAAGCCAGCCAAUGUCUUCCUGGACAGCAAGCACAACGUCAAACUCGGGGACUUUGGACUAGCUAGAAUAUUAAACCACGACACGAGUUUUGCAAAGACGUUUGUUGGCACACCUUAUUACAUGUCUCCUGAGCAAAUGAGCCGCUUGUCCUAUAAUGAGAAGUCGGACAUCUGGUCGCUGGGUUGCCUGCUGUAUGAACUGUGUGCAUUAAUGCCUCCAUUUACAGCUUUCAACCAGAAAGAGUUAGCUGGGAAAAUCAGAGAAGGGAGAUUCAGGCGGAUCCCCUAUCGCUACUCUGACGGGUUAAAUGACAUCAUCACUCAGAUGCUGAAUUUAAAGGAUUACCACCGACCUUCAGUGGAGGAAAUCCUGGAAAGCCCUUUGAUAGCAGACUUGGUUGCAGAAGAGCAAAGGAGACAUCUGGAGAGGAGAGGCCAGCGCUUAGGGGAGCCUUCCAAGCUGCAGGCCUCCAGCCCAGUGCUGAGUGAGCUCAAGUUGAAGGAAAAGCAACUGCAGGACCGUGAGCGUGCGCUCAGAGCUCGAGAGGACAGUCUGGAGCAGAAGGAACGUGAACUUUGUAUUCGAGAGAGACUAGCAGAGGACAAACUGGCCAGAGCCGAAAGUCUGGUGAAGAACUACAGCUUGUUGAAGGAGCAGAGGUUCCUGUGUCUGGCUAGUGACCCAGAACUUGAUCAUCCAUCCUCAGUACUGAGGAAGAAGGUUCAUUUUCGUGGGGAAAGCAAAGAGAACACAAGGAGUGAGAAUUCCGAGAGCCAGCUUGCCAAGUCCAAGUGCAAGGACCUGAAGAAAAGGCUUCACGCUGCCCAGCUGCGGGCUCAGGCCCUGUCGGAUAUUGAAAAAAACUACCAACUCAAGAGCAGGCAGAUCCUGGGCAUGCGCUAGGCCAGCAAGGCAUGGAGCUGGGUCAGUAUUGGAUACUGGCAACCUCACCUGCUG